AUGGAGUCUCUCUUCUCAAAGUCCCAUUAUCCGGAUAUAUUCGUCCGUGAGCAGCUGGCAUCCAAAAUAAAUCUUUGUGAGGCACGAAUACAGGUUUGGUUUCAAAAUCGUCGAGCCAAGUGGCGGAAAGACAUGCGCAAUACGAAGACUUUUCAUCCUCCGGAUUGGAGAAGAACAUUCGGCUUUAACGAUUUGAUGUACUACCAUUUAGCCCGGAGUCAAUACAAUGGAUUCACUCCUUCCGGUUACUACACCUCUUUCCGACCUGAGAUAGAAAUCCCCUACAACAAGACAGUCAAUGGUCAUUUUCCUGGUUGUAACUCGACGAGAUGUGAAGGACAUCAUCACUACGUCGGGUGUUCUAGUGUAUCGAGGGGAAGUAACUCUGAUGUACCGUUCGUCUUAAAGAAGAAAAUGGACUGA